AUGGUUCGCAACAUUGUCAUCCUCGGCGGGAACUCCCACCCGGAGCUGAUUGACAACAUCUGCAACAUCCUCGGCGUCACCUCGUGCGAGCGCAUUCUCACAAAAUUCUCGGCCGGUGAGAGCAGAUGCGAAAUCAAGGAUUCCGUCCGAGGAAAGGAUGUGUACAUUGUCCAGUCCGCCUCGGGCUCCGUCAACGACGGCUUCAUUGACCUCUGCAUCAUGAUCUCCGCCUGCAAGACCGGUUCCGCGAAGCGAGUCACCGCCAUCACGCCGCUGUUCCCUUACUCGCGUCAGCCCGACGUACCUUACAACAAGAUCGGUGCCCCGCUCAAGAUGCCUGAAAACCCCCAAAAUGGGGGCUAUACCUUCGAAAGCGUCCCUGCUACGCCUGGCCCGGGCAUCUCGAGGACCCAGACGCUGAGUAGUGGCAUCGAGGGCCUCGACUCCAAGCUCGUUAGGACCAAGCUGGCCGAAAACAACCUCAAUGGCUACUCAAGAAACGGCGAUCCCAAGACCCCGGGCCGUCACCAACAAGAAGGCUCCCUGUCGUCGCAACCCAGCUUCACCACCCACGACCAGGGAAACAACCAGAGCGCUCUGGCCAACUUCAAGGUCAAGCCUGGCUACAAGCAAUGGGUCGCCCAGGCCGGCACCCUCGUCGCCGAUUUGCUGACCUGUGCCGGCGCCGACCAUGUGCAACUCAAUUCGGGACUCGUUUCCGGACGGAUGGCUGACUACUGUAGGAUGGACCUCCACGAUCCCCAGUACCAGGGCUUCUUCGACGUGCCGGUGGACAACCUCUAUGGAAAGCCUCUCCUGAAGAAGUAUAUCCAGCAGAACAUUCCCAACUACAGGGAAGCCGUCAUUAUUAGUCCGGAUGCUGGAGGCGCCAAGCGCGCUACUGCCGUCGCCGACGAGCUGGAUAUGGGCUUUGCUCUCAUCCACAAGGAACGCCGCCCGACAAAGUACAGCGAACAACGCAACGCCAGCAUGAUGCUGGUCGGCGACGUCAAGGACAGGACGUGCAUCCUGAUCGAUGACCUUGUGGACACUGGUAACACGAUCACCCGUGCCGCAAAGCUCCUGAAGAAGGAAGGCGCCACCUCUAUCACAGCCCUCCUCACCCACGGCAUCUUCAGCGGCGACGCCAUUGCCCGCAUCAAUGCCUCUGCCAUUGACAAGAUCAUUGUGACCAACACUGUUCCCCAAAGGGAACACAGGCAAAUGUGCCCCAAGCUUGAGUAUUUGGACGUCUCUCCUGUUUUCGCCGAGGCCAUCCGCCGCGUCCACCACGGCGAAUCAAUCAGCGUUCUCUUCCAGCACAACUGA